GUCCGCCCCACUGAUGAGCUGUCGUAACUGACUUGUAACACGAUGCCGAGGACCACCUCCAAAAAAGGUCGUUUCCGUUCUUUCCGAACAUAUUCCGUUUUUUACCUAACCCCUCCAAGAUGGAGGCACUUGGGGGUUACCGCAGCAAGUCCUCGAAGUGGAAAGAGCGGACUUUAAAGGUAUUUUUGAGCUUGGCAGUCUGUAUGGGUGGACUGUUUUUGGUUCAGCACAAACUCAUCAGGUCAACAAAAACCAAAGACUUCUAUUCCUUCGAUGUCCUGGAUGCCAAAGGGAGGACGAUGUCAUUGGAGAAGUAUAGAGGCAAAGUCUCUUUAGUUGUAAACGUGGCGAGCCACUGUGAGCUGACCGAGAAGAACUACCGGGCCCUGCAGGAACUACAUCGCGAGCUCGGGACGUCGCACUUCAACGUUCUGGGGUUUCCCUGCUCGCAGUUCGGUCACACAGAACAGGGGAUGAGUCGUGACAUUGAAGCUUGGACUAAAGCCACAUACGGCAUCACUUUCCCCUUCUUUAGCAAAAUCAAAAUAAUGGGAUCUGAGUCCAACCCAGCCUUCAAAUUCCUCACAGAUUCUGUGCAGAAAAUACCAAAGUGGAACUUUUGGAAAUUUCUGGUGGGUCCUGAUGGCCAGGUGGUGAAGUUCUGGAAGUCUGAAGAGCCUUUUGAAGAAAUACGGCAGGAGGUCACAGCACAAGUACGCCAGAUCAUUCUGAAGAAGAGGCUGGAGCUGUAACAAAUGCAGCAGUAACUCAUACAAAACAUCUCAUGGAUAAGUAACUGCUGGUCUGGUACUCACCUGAAGGACCACUGCUUCGUUACUGAAAUGUUGUUUCAGCCCCAGAGUGUGUGGUUUGGAGGAGAGGCAGCAGAUUUGUCUUUAUCUACUACUGUCUACUACAGAUUAAACUAUUUGUUUGCAGUGCAUUCUUGAAUGUCCAUGACAACGGUAAGGGACCAAAGCCACUCAGAAACAUCCGUAGCAGAUUGCACUCUCAAGAUGAUUUGUAAGGAUUAUGAGCCCUUUCCCUAACAGGGAUAGAUAAAUCACAUGAUUCCUGAUUUUUUUUGUUGAUUGUGAUGUCCCUGAAGUAAAGUAUAUGGUUAUGUUUGAUUUUGUUGUCAAUCAAUAUUGUACCAGUUCCUUUUAAAUCAAGUCAAUAUAGUUGUGAAAUGUGAAAAUACCUGUGAAAUGUUUGCUCAAAUUAAUAGUAUAACAUUCAUUUUCUUUUUUUUAUUUCCCGAAGUUCCCAGUCUUUCAUUAAAAAUUGUUACGUUUGUAAUGUUUGAUAAUUCCCUAAUGUGCCUUAUAUUUCUGUGUGAAGCACUGUGGAAAUACCAGGGAGUAAUUUGGCAUAUGGAAAUAAAUUUCUCAGAAAUGCGUAACUUGUCUACUGCAUGUAUUUUAUAUUAUUGAUGCCUGAGCCCUUCCUCACUUUGAAGGCACAAUCAUUUGGCAUUUGGUCAUAGAGAAACAAAACAACCUAGCAGCUGGAUGUGGAUGUAUAUUUUGGCAGUUUGACAAUGAGUUUUCUGUUUUGCUCGCUGUUUAAGUUGUUUAAGUGCUUCAGUAGACUUGAGAGAUUUGUUUAAGAUACAAAAUAUUUGGUUUGCAAAACCAUUUAGACUACCAAUGGUCAUCCAUUUUCAAAUGUUAGUAUGAGACAAACAGCCAACGUAGCCUACAAAAGGGGAGGGUUUUACAAUUUCGUUUACAAAUGUUUGGGCAGGUCUGUCCAAAGUAACAGAAAUAAAAAAAUGCAAACAUG